AUGACUGACAGUACCUUUGUUGCGAAACCGGCGCGGGGUUGGCUGCACCCUGACUCGGUACUGGCCAGCGAUGGAAUCACAUACGCAGUCAGGUAUAUUGGAUGCAUGGAAGUUCUAACUUCCAUGAAGAAGCUUGACUUCGAAACAAGAUCUCAAGUAGCAAAAGAAUGUAUUGCAAGAGUAUGUGCUGCAGCUGGUUUAAGGUCAGCGGACAAGAAGCGCAGAGUCUGUCAGGCUGCAGUGAGAGCACUGGCCGCACGUCCACGAAUGGCGCACUCCGGAGCUAAUGUGGCACUAACCAUAUCAUCUAAAGCAAUAACAUUAGCCGCACUUGAAGGUGGAGAGACAAUAGCUCGUCAUGAUAUGCCUCGAGUGUCAUUCGCCUCAGGAGGAGAUACAGACUCUUUGGACUUUGUAGCUUAUGUAGCCAAGUCAGUGCCCCCCGCAGAGUGGAGAGCAUGUUACGUACUAGAGUGUGGAGGUAGACUAGCACAAGACGUCAUAGCAACCAUAGGACAAGCGUUUGAACUCCGUUUUAAAGAAUUUUUGACGAAACCCUCAUCGUUAAAUCUAAACGGAGGUCGUGGACUAUGUGGCGCUACGACCGGCGUGGCGCCGGACGACCGCGAGUACUACAACGACAUGCCAGACAAGACGCCGCCGGAGACCACCACCUCGUACAGACACCCCCCGCCCCCGCCUCUCGCGUCACUCGCCUCGCUAGCUCCUAUAUCUUCAUGUGAGGAGAGUGUAAGGCAUUACGUGAACCAGACCCCUCCACCUCGCACACCGCCCACUGCGCUGUUGCCAAACCAUCAUACCGACAUCUUCGAUAUGCAACCGUUCACAGCUGCGCCAGUAUCAUCAUCAGCAGCGUCGUCAUCGUCGACGGCGUCAGUAUCGUCACCCAAUGACGUGCCUGCCGAGCCACUGUCUGCGCAGGCGCAGGCCGCGUUACUAGCCCGGGAACCGUGGUUCCAUGGACCUAUUUCUAGGACUACUGCUGAAAAGCUAGUGGUAGAAGACGGAGAGUUCCUAGUACGUGAGUCAGCGGCGUGUCCUGGACAGUUCGUGCUGACGGGGGCCAGGAAGGGCAGCCACAAGCACUUGCUACUCGUCGACCCGAAUGGAGUGGUACGAACGAAGGAUCGAGUGUUUGAAAGCGUACCACAUCUAAUCAAGUACCACUGCAGCAACGAGCUCCCAAUAGUAUCGGCUGACUCAGCGCUGUUACUGCGCAAACCUGUUCUAAGAGACGGAGCGUCAUGA